AUGAAAAUUCACAAAGACGCGCCCAAAAUCACCCGCUACCGCGCGUUUGUGGACAAAGUUCUCAGACAUAAGCAGGCACAACUGUACACGGAGUCUGCGUUUGCCGAAACAGCCAAGCUGCUGGACGUCAACCCGGAACUCUACACCAUCUGGAACUAUAGGAGAGAUAUAUUGUUGGACUGGUUCAAGCCAGACACCCCGGAGGCCACCCAUGAGCUUAUCAAACAGGAACUGGUCUUUACUGUGGGCCAUCUCAAACGGUUCCCAAAAUGCUACUGGAUCUGGAAUCAUCGCAAGUGGUGUUUGGAGUAUGACUCUCUGACCAACUGGGACAACGAAAUGGUCCUCAUUGACAAGUUCCUGGAAGCAGACUCCCGGAACUACCACGUUUGGCAGUACAGAAGGUACGUGAUAGAUCGGAUGAAGCUGGCCCAAAGUCCGAAGCAACAGGCACAGACAGAUCUCCAGGAGUUUGAGUACACCACAAAGCAGAUCAGCAAGGACAUAUCGAACUACUCCGCGUUGCACAACCGGUCUCGACUCAUCAAGCUGCUUUUUGAAAGAUCUCCGGAGUGUGCAACGCUCUUCUACACAAAGAAUAAGCAUGGAUUCCUUGUUGAAGAAUGGAAACUGGCCCAAAACGCCUUCUACACAGACCCGGACGACUCGUCGGUGUGGAUAUAUAUUAAAUGGCUCCUGGGAGACUAUUUUCUAAAUGACUUGACCAAAGAUCAGGCACGGGAAGUUGUCGAGAACGCGAUCCAGGACAUCUCGAAACUGAACGCGCUCGAGGCAGAGGAAAGCAGCCACGAUAACCAGUGGUGUUUGAAAACUCUGGUUUUCCUGGAACAACAACUCAGCCGUGUCACUGGAGUGCGGUCGGAAAAGAAAAACCAACUGUUGGAGAAACUUGUCCAGCAGGACACGAUCCGCGCGAAAAGGUACCAGGAUGCCAAAGACUAG